AUGAGACGAAAGAAUCCGCAUCCUAAACGAGCGGAAAAUGCGAGGACGGUUUUGAAGGUCCCGAAGGGUGAGAGAGAAGAGUUAAGGGAAAAAGAAGAAGAACCGUUGGUGUUGUGUUUGCAAAUACCACCUGACGAUGAUGAUGAUGAAGAUGAUGAAGAAGAAGAAGAAGAAGAAGAAGAAGAAGAAGAAGAAGAAGAAGAAGAAGAAGAAGAAGAAGAAGAAGAGUAUGAAAUGGACGAACAGACACGAAAAGAAGAAACUGCUUUUAGGAAAGGAUCGAAGAGAAAGAGAACGCACGAGUGCGAUGUUUGCGAGAAGGUGUUUAGAGUACCAUCUGCAUUGGCCGUACAUAUGCGUUCUCACACGAGAGAGAAACCGUAUGAAUGUGAUGUGUGCGAGAAGCGUUUUACUCGAGCUAGUGGUUUGAAAAUGCACAUGCGUAUUCACACGAACGAGAAACCGUACGAAUGCGAUGUUUGCGAGAAGCGUUUUAGUCAAUCGAGUAGUUUGAAUACCCACAUGCGCAUUCACACGAACGAGAAAGCGUAUGAAUGCGAUGUGUGCGAUAAAGCUUUUCGUGAUUCUGGUGCUCUGACAAACCACAAGCGUAUUCACACGAAAGAGAAACCGUACGAAUGUGAUGUGUGCGAGAAGCGUUUUCGUGAAUCUGGUCAUUUGCAAACUCACAUGCGUAUUCAUACGAACGAGAAACCGUACGAUUGCGAUGUGUGCGAGAAGCGUUUUCGUAAUUCUAGUAAUUUGAAAAGGCACGUGCGCACUCAGCAUUAG